GUUCAUAAGAAUCCCAACGCCCAUCACUUUUUCAGAUCCCUGCGCUCCAAGAAAGUAACCCAACAGAAAAACCCUGCCAACUGCUCAGUCUUUACAACCACAAAGAAUGACCAAAGAGCAUUACGCAGACCGUUUGUCACCCGCCGGAGGAUAUCAUCGGAGAGACGACUUAGAGUUUUCCAUGUUCAAACACGGAGACCAACGCCGGCCCGGAAAAUGCUUUGUAUGUGUUCUCGCCGGAUUCGUCGUCCUGAGCAUCGUCGCUUUAGUUUUCGCAGUAACAGUGUUGCGUAUCAAAAGCCCGGAAGUGAAACUAACGUCGGUCACGGUGAAGAACCUCAGGUACGGCAAUUCUCCGUCUCCUUCUUUCAACGCGACUUUGGUUGCAGAAAUGAGUAUCAAGAACAUGAACUUUGGCUACUUCGAAUUUGAGAGCGGCGUCGCCGACAUCCAAUAUGGCGGCGCGACUGUUGGGAAGAGGAAAAUAGCACGUGGGCUUGCUCGUGCUAAGGAGACGAGGAAGAUGAAUAUAACUGUUGAUGCGACGUCGUCGAACGCGUCAGAAAUCGACAUAAAUUCAGGGGUGUUAGAGCUCAGAAGCUACGCCAAGUUGAGAGGAAGAGUUUGCUCGCUGAAGAUUGUAAAGAAGAUGAAGACUGCGGAGAUGAAUUGCACCAUGACAGUUAACUUGAUUAGCAGCACGAUCAACGACUUAAUAUGCAAAUAAUUAAUGCGAUUUUUUUGGAUUUUAUUUUAUUUUCCCUUAGUUAAUUUGUUUUAUAUUAUGUUGCUGGUGAGAUUUUUUUUAGGGGUUGUAUACUUUUAUUCAUUUAUGUAUAUCAUCAAAAGAGAGAUAAUUUUUGGGCACA